GACUAGUCCAGAUCCUAUUACUCACCAGUCCAUUGUUGGAAGUACCAUCACCCCCACAAGAACGAUGAAAGCCGAAGCCGGAUGGCACAAAAUGGGCCUCACCCCGGUCCACUUGUUCUCCCAUGGCUCUCCGAUGAUGAUAUACGAAACGACCGAAUGCUCCAACUACUGGCGCAAAUGUGGCGAUGAAGCACGAGCACACAAUGUGAGAGGAAUUGUGAUGCUGAGCUCCCACUGGGCAACACUAGGAGACGGCAUCGAAGUGGCCACGAACCCCGCUCCCCAGAUCAGCCCCAUAGGUAUCGUCCCGAGCAACGACUACAAGACCUACCAAAUGACAUCUGACUUGGCCACCGCACAACGAUGCAUCGACCUCCUCCAAGCAGAAGGGUUCAAUGUAUCCGGCAACCCCAACUACAACUGGAUAGUAGACGUGUUCACCAUUAUCCAAAAGAUGUUCCCAGGGGGGAAUCCCCCUCCGGUAACAGUGAUAUCCAGUAACGCGCGAUACGAUCCGCACUACCAUCUGAAAAUAGGAAAGACACUGCGCCAACUCCGAAAGGAGAACUACCUCCUCAUAGGCACAGGAGGAUCAGUCCAUAAUCUCUACCGCAAUCGAUGGGGACCCAUGGUCAAACAUCGUGAUUCCCUAGCCCAGGAGAUCCCCCCGGAGGAAUGGGCACUAGAGUUCAAGCAAUCCCUGGAGGAUGUGAUGACGAAGACAUCGGGACUGCAGCUGCAGCGGGCGGUAACUAGGCUCAUGAAGCAUCCACAAUUUCGCGACGCGCACGGUACAGACGAUCAUUUCGUGCCGGCGGCUUUUGUGGCGGGAGCGGCGGGGGAUGCGGAGGAUGAGGGCUGUCACGGGGUCUUGGGCGCGGAGACUUGGGAGUUGUGUAAUAUGGCUAAUUUGCAGUUUACGUUUGGGAAGUGGCCAGAGCAAAAACUUGUGGCUGCUUGA